AUGAAUUCUUCAGCCACUAUCCAGGAGCCUAAUCGGCUGUUUGCUCUUCCACCCGAGAUCCUUUUCAAUAUUAUGAACGAGACCACACAGAAGGAAGAAUGCUGGAUCAACCUACUCACCAAAGGUAAGUCUCCCUGCGGCGUAAGAAAGGGCGCUUACAGUGUAUUGGUCUACACAAAAGGCGGAGUUGCCCAAGGUCCUAGGAGCUCUCCCUUUCAUCACAAGUGCGUAUUCAAGCGCCCUGUCGCUGAUGGCAAGAUUGACGUCGAAGGCAUCGCUAGCAAGAAUUUGGAGCUGAGUCUCCGAGCAAAUCGCCUCAGGAGUCAGCUCAAUGUCUACGAGCGUUCUCUCGACCCUGAUCUUGUAGACAACGUGAGAUCCAUCUGUCUUCGCCUUGAAGAUGAGGAUAUCACACCUGCAGAGUUACGCCUUAUGUGCGAACGUUUCCCCGUACUGUCUAGAGCCAUCACGGAAGUGCUUCCAUUUACCGAUGCUGUCUAUGGAGGCCUAGACACAGUACGCCCAUUCGAACCGAAUUCUGGUGCUCGCGAGAAGCGACUGCUGCCGUCUGAUGACAUGCUUGAGUGCCAGCGCCUCAAACAUGUCAUGAUUCGUUCUUCUCCAUGGGAAGGUCGCGCAGGCGAUUUGAUCGACCGGGUUCUUUUUGACGCGAAUUCUUUAUCAGGCGCAAAUCAGACUCUCAUGAUGCAGACCUACUUGCGCAUGAUCCUAUCUGAGCGAAAGAUUGAAGAUGACAUUGCUCUUCUCAAUGUAGAUUGGUCUCUUUUGAGCGGUCUCGAAAGCCUCUGCUUUGACCUGAACACAACCAGCUGGCGCAAAUCGCUUACGCAACUCAAGUCCAUGCUCCUCAGCAUGGGCAGACACCUGAAGCUCAAGACACUGGUUGUUCUCGAUUUUUGUGACGGUACUUUGACGCAACCCAAUGUCAUCGCUUUGCUAAUGAGUUGUCUACAGCCAGGCGGCGAGCUUCAUCUCAUUAGUUAG